GACAUAAUUUUUACUUGGCGGCACCUGACUUGCUGGAUCCCAAAUCGGCCACUCAGAACUCCAAACCGAGACUAUCCUUUUCCACCAAGCCUACCGUGCUCUCUUCACGGGAGGAAAGUGAUUCGGCUAUCAAUGUUAUGAAAUGGAAGACAGUCUCAACAAUAUUCCUGGUGGUAGUCGUGUAUUUAAUAAUUGGAGCAACGGUAUUUAAAGCCCUGGAGCAGCCUUAUGAGACCUCCCAGAGAACCACCAUCGUGAUUCAGAAGCAGACGUUUGUAUCUCAGCAUUCCUGCGUGAAUGCAACCGAGCUUGAUGAACUGAUCCAGCAAGUAGUGGCAGCAAUAAAUGCAGGAAUCAUACCUUUAGGAAACACAUCUACUCAAAUCAGUCACUGGGACUUGGGAAGUUCCUUCUUCUUUGCUGGCACUGUUAUUACCACCAUAGGCUUUGGAAACAUCUCCCCAUGCACACAAGGUGGAAAGAUAUUCUGUAUCAUCUAUGCCUUACUGGGAAUUCCUCUGUUCGGGUUUCUGUUGGCUGGUGUUGGAGAUCAACUAGGGACAAUCUUUGGAAAAGGAAUUGCCAAAGUAGAAGACACGUUUGUUAAAUGGAAUGUGAGUCAGACAAAGAUUCGCAUAAUUUCAACAAUAAUAUUCAUACUGUUUGGCUGUGUGCUGUUUGUUGCUCUUCCUGCAGUUAUAUUCAAGCACAUAGAAGGCUGGAGCACACUAGAUGCAAUUUACUUUGUGGUUAUCACUUUAACUACCAUUGGAUUUGGUGACUAUGUUGCAGGGGGAUCAGAUAUUGAGUACCUGGAUUUUUAUAAGCCAGUGGUGUGGUUCUGGAUCCUUGUUGGCCUUGCCUACUUUGCAGCUGUGCUCAGCAUGAUUGGAGACUGGCUGAGAGUCAUAUCAAAGAAGACAAAGGAAGAGGUAGGGGAAUUCCGAGCCCACGCUGCAGAGUGGACAGCCAACGUCACUGCAGAGUUCAAAGAAACUCGAAGACGCCUGAGCGUGGAGAUCUACGACAAGUUCCAGCGGGCCACCUCUAUCAAGAGGAAGCUCUCUGCAGAGCUCGCCGUCAACCACAACCAAGACCUGACUCCCUGCAAGAGAACCCUGUCAGUCAACCACCUCACCAGUGAGAAGGACAUCUUGCCAGCUCUAACAAAGACAGACAACAUUUACAUGAAUGGUUUGACGCCGCACUGUGCAGCAGAAGAAAUAGCUGUAAUUGAAAACAUUAAGUAGCCAUGACUUUGGAUCCCAGCCCUUGAGAAUCUCUUGGCUGAGACUAGCCAUAUACCCUUUUCUUUCUCCCACCCUGUCAAUGAUCAAGGCUAACUGCAUUUUAUAUGUGUGCAUGAGUUUCACAGAAACGACGGUCCAGAGUUACCAUCACAUCUCUUCAAAGACAAAAAGAAUGGCACUUCUGUUAUCGAACGAUGCUGGAACAAACAACAUCUUCUGCCUUUAUCUGCCCAGACUGUUUAUCACGUCUCUUAAUGUGCCAUACGGCCUCAAGAAUGAAUCACAUUUGUUUAUGGUAACAAUGUAGCUUUGAGGGAUCAGUCCUUAAAAUUUCAGGGUCUACCUUACUGAGCCUAGGAAUGGACCAUUUCUGGACUACAACACAUUUGUAAAUGGCAAGAAAUGCUUAUGCAGCCUUUUACCUAAGAAAUUUUUGUCAGUGCCUUAUCUUUUGAAG